ACUUGAAUGAUUAAUUUUUCUGCUUUGACAUUAAUUCAAAUUUAAAUUUAAAUUUUGAUUAAGUAUUUUCAAUUAAUUUAUGUUUAUAUAAUAAUGCAUAGAUAAACUAAACUAAAAAAAACAAUAUAAAUUAUUACAUUAUUUAAAUAAAAUAAUUUUUACCAUUUAUUUAAAAUGGCUAAAAGUUUCUUGAAAUGUCAGUUAGGAUUUCUUGGUAACGCGGAAGGAUCUGCUUUUCUUUCUCAAGGUUUGACCACAGUAUCUGUAUCAAUUGUAGGACCUUAUGAACCAAAAGCAAGUAAGAUAUUAUAUGAUAGAGCCAUUGUUGAUGUAAAAUUUAGAAGAAAAACUGGGAGCAUAACUGUUUAUGACAAGAUGUUAGAGAGUAUAAUGCAAUCAACAAUAGAAAAAUCCAUCAAUGUAGAACAAUACCCAAGAUCAUCUAUUUCAAUUAUUGUUCAAGAAAUGCAAGAUAGAGGAAAUUUAUUAUCUACUAGUUUGAAUGCUUCAUGUUUAGCACUAAUGAAUUCUGGUAUUGCUAUGAAUCAUGUUUUUGCUGCUGUUAGCUGUGCAGUUCUAGAAAAUGAAGAAAUAAUUUUGAAUCCAGAUGAGUCUAAGAUUAAGUCUUCAGAAGCUUAUAUUACAUUAGUUUUUGCCAAUUCUGAAAAUAGAGAACUUUUGUCUUCAUACACAACUGGACAUUUUUCACAACUUACAUACAUUCAUUGCAUGGACAAAUGUUAUGCUGCUAGUAAAAAAGUUUUCAAGUUCUACAUAAAUUUAAUAAAUAAUGGCACAAUGUUUAAAUAAAAUGUAUUAUAUUAUAA